AUGAAAUACCUAAAAGCUGUGAUUAAAGAAGUCCUUCGACUACGUCCCCCAGGCCCAUUGUUGGUUCCAAGACAACUAAGUGAAGAUGUCAAGCUGAAGGGAUACGACGUUGCGGCUGGGCAAGAUUUCAGGUACAUUCCAUUUGGAUCGGGAAGAAGGCUAUGUCCCGGAAUAGAACUUGGAAUGGUGUUCGUUGAGAUGACAUUGGCCAAUCUUGUGAACCGGUUUAACUGGAGAGUCGAGGCUAGGCCAUCAUGA